UGUAAAUUGAAUAGUUGUUAAAUAAUUCUCUUACCAUGAAGUUGUUAGCUGUUGUCGUGAUUGGAUUUGUAGCCUUAGCAGGCUCAGAAGCCGUUUCUACUCAUCAACAUCGCGAUACACAAACAGACGUUGAACGUAAUAUUCAAGGAUAUUCAAAUGACCGUUAUGAUCAGUACAAUAACAACUAUGGCGCAGAUCAAUAUCAACGACGCAAUGAAGAAUCGAACCAUCAUCGCAGUAACAAUCAGGAAAGCUCUAACGAGAGGUUCAUGGACAACCAGAACCAACAAAAUAACCAAGGCUUGAAUGAGUUUAGCGAAUCUAACUGGAAUACUCCUCGUCGUUCAAUGAACAUGUACAAUCAACACCAAUUGAUUAGACAAGAUAACCAAGACAAAGACGAAAACCAGUGGAGUAGAUCACAAGUUUCUAGAAACUUCAACCAACAAAGCCAAGAAGAACUUAACCAACAGAUAACAAACAACAAAAACCACGCAAGUCAAAAUAACGGAUUUUCAAUUUCUUCAGAAGAAAAUUCCCAAGAAGAUUAUAUCAAGGACCACCACAAUAAUGAUAUUUCGAACGAAAUUGGACUUCAGGUUGCACAGAAAAUGGUUAGAUUCUUUACCAUCUUUGAUAAAUAUGCUGCUCGUAACGGAAGUAUUCAAACUAACCAAGCUCAAGAAUCACUCACUUUAAGACAACACGCUUUGCCAAUGAAUCAUGAAAAAUAUCUUAACAUCGACGAGAGCAAUGUCUAUGGUCUUAACUACGGCGUCAUCAAAUCCAUUUAUUUGAACACAGAAAGAAAUUGUGUCGAAUUGGAACACUUCUUUCAAAGAUUGUUAGUGAAGGCUAAGUUCAACGCCAACAAUGGACUUAAAAAAUCAUUCGAUUUGAACAUGUUCAACACUGAUGUGAAUGUAUCUACCGAAUUAGAAAACCGCAACCGCAACUACGCUCAUUCCCGCAACGACAAUGCCCAACUCGAAUGCAACAACUGCGAAGAUUCUAAUGAUAGCCAAUCUAUCAAGGAAACAAUUGAAAACAAAUACGUUCAAUUGUUAAACACAGAAAUCGAAAGUGAAAUGAUCGACAACUCUUACGACGGUUUGGUCGGAUGUUUGAGAUCCGAAAUCGAAUCUACCUUCGACAUGCCAUCAAACAACAAACUCGACUUAGUGAUCGAAAACAAAAAAACUCAACUCACUGUUUCCUUGACUAAAUCCCAUUCGUGGAAAGACGACCAGUCUAGGAAUCAAUACAACAACAAGAGGACUGUCCAGUACGUCGCUUUCCGUCACGUAUCUGGAAACGGUUACAAAUUGAAAGUUAAGAUUGUGUUGGCUAAACAGCCCACUUGGGAAUCCGAUAUUGUUGUCCAAAAAUCGAACCAACAGAUCAACAUAAAUAACGUAAAAUUCAACGCUCAAAACAUUGUUGCUAGUGCCGUCAUGAAACGCGAACAACAGGAAAACGGUGCUUACAGAUUCGUCGUCGAGGAAUCCAACAUUAAAUUAGAAGGCCUCAGAUACGACAUUGGAAAAUUCAAUUUACCAAACAACACUAACGAAAAAUUGGCAAGGGAAAUUGGACAAAAUCUUCAGAAGAUCAUGGAGAACGGCAUGAGCGCUGCUUUGCGACAACAGUUGUACAAACAACAACAAAUCUGUAAACAACGCCCAAUGGACUGCAACAGUUGCAGCCGAUCCCAAUUAUUCAACCAACAGUAAACAAACAAACCAAUCGAUUCACGUAAUAAAAAUGAUGUGAUUUCAUGUUUUGUCUAUUCAAUAGAAAAUAUUAUAAUAUAAUUGUAAUAAAU